AUGUGGAUUAAUACACCUAACAUAAAUGAGGAUUCAUCUCUAGUUUACAUAAAUCUUCACAGAAAGUCACCUACUCUGUGUCCACAAGAUCUGUGCGGAUCUGAUACCUUGUGUAAUUGCUUAGACUGUCAGAGAUGUUUUAUCACUAACUCAGAUUAUGUUAAAUACCAGACUGUUUCUCAUCAGCAGCAGCCUGGAGAUAUUUCAUAUCCAUGUUAUGAAUGUGGAAAAUGUUUUAGCCAAAAGUCUUAUCUCAUUACACACCAGAAGAUUCAUACAGAAGAGAAACCAUUUUCAUGUUCUAUAUGUGGCAAAUCAUUUGUCUAUAAGAGUUAUUUGAAAAAGCAUCUCCGAUUUCAUAUAGGAAACAAGCCAUUUUCAUGUUCUGAAUGUGGUAAAGAAUUCUAUUUUAAAGCACAUCUUGUUUCCCAUCAGAGGAUUCACACUGGAGAGAAGCCAUUUUCGUGUUCUGAAUGUGGGAAAAGCUUUAAUCGGGACUCAAAUCUUCUUAGGCAUCAGAGAAUUCACACUGGGGAGAAACCAUUCUUGUGUACACUCUGCAGGAAAUGUUUUAGCCGUGAUGCUUAUCUGGUUUCCCAUCAGAGGACUCACAUGAAAGAAAAGAGAUUUUGUUGUACUGUAUGCGACACAUGGUUUGUACAUAAAAACCAGCUCAUUACUCAUCUGAAAAUUCACAUGUGA